GAUGACAGGGUCUAAAAAGGAACAGGCUAUGCCAUCGUCAAAAACAACUACUUUGGAACCAUCGCUGUAUGCGACAUACUUUUCCCCUUCUUGAGACCACAUUCAAGAGUCUUCCAGUUGUCAAGCAUGUCAUGUUUAAACGUCAUAUAUUUAUUGAUUUUCCUAAUAUGGGAGUGCAUCACAUUAGAUUCCCCACGUUAUAAUUGAUUCAUUAACGUUAACGUAUACUUAUGAUGUGAAGAUGAAUAUAUCAAUAUGCUCUUUACACUAAAAUAAUAGGAAAUAGUCACUGCAUUUUGCUGUAUAAUCUUUGUAAAUUAAAACAUUAAAAUAUCUCUGAAGCACUAUAUCUGCUUUUCUGUACAUGAUCCUCAACAUCAAUCUUAUUAUGAAUAAAAUGUUAUAAUAGAUAUCUUUUAAUAGCGGAUUUGUUGAUACUUUCCAAUUUCGAUAAGGGCAUUUUGUUUACUGCUCUUAAGGUGAUAUGAAACUUUUCCAUUGUGUUGCGUACUUCCUAUUGAAAUAAUCAAUUAAAUCAAGUUUAUUUAAAGUAAACGACAGCUGUAUAAUAUUGAAGUGGAUGAAAGAAAUGAAGCUGCGGGAACAGCGAAGUCAUGUUUACAACAUUCAAAUCAAUGUAUCAAAUGAAGAGACCGCCCAAAUACAACGAAAACAAAGUUUAUUCAGGUAGGAGAAGUAAAUAGUACCCAGUUCACAUCGAUCGGAUCCUGGAUUUUGUAUGACAAAAAAACCGGAGAUUAAGAUCUACCGCAGUGUCGUGGAAUAAAGCGUUUCACUACAAGUGCCGAUGACACGUGGCUUUUGAACAACUCACUUCACCAUUUAUAUCCGACAUACAAAUUGUGGGGAACCUACCCCUGCAUUACUCUUCUUAUACUGUGGAGAAGGCUGUGGAGAAAUUAGGAAUAACUAUGUUCUGUUCAGCGAGGCCAUAGUCUUUGCUGUGGACUCCAUGAACAAUUUGACAUCUGUGAAACUAGGGAUUGGUCGUAAUGCAGAACAAUUUGAUGGAAAUCAAACAGUUCAGAUCAUAUUUCCAGCAUCUGAAAAUUGAUGAAGGAGACUGGACAGAAACACUGCCUGGGGCAAAACAUUUUUGGAGGAUGUACACCAAUGUAACCUAAGGUUUUCAAAUCGAUACACCAAGGAUUGUGCAACUGAUUUAAACCUUAGUGGGCUACAAAAGAAACAGUCUCCUUUUGUAGCGUCAACAAUUCAUGGGGUUUAUGCCCUGUCUAAAGCUUUCCAAAAUGUUCUGGACAAGCAUUGCAACUUAUCAUCUCUUAAGAAGUGUGUCAAUGGGAAUAUGUCAGAAAUCUACCAUCAACUUGAGCUUGAAUUGGAUCGUGUUACGGUUACUCCUGAUGGAGGAACGCUAUUCGGCUUUGAAAAUAGAAAUGCAACAAUUCCUAUGGUUAUCCUUAACUUCCAGUAUGGUCCCAAAGGCAAUCCUCAAUUAGUCGAAGUUGGAAGUAAACAAAAGGAAGAGAUAACUCUAGAUUUACGAAAACUAAGCAUGUACAACUUGAAUGGUGAACGGCGAAUUUUUAAAUCAGAAUGUCCGGAUGAUCAAUGUUCAGUUUGUCUGGAUCCAAAAUUUGUAUCUGAUUACAACGAAAAGGUGCAAUAUCUUUCCACCAUUCCUCAUGUUACUCUGAACAGUAUUGAAAGCGGAGUUGGACUUACUACUAUCUUUCUUGUUAUCAUUGGUGUCGGAGUAGCUAUUGUUUGUACUUACUACCUGGCCAAAUUUUCCUCUCACAAAAUAUUUAGUCUUUCUGCCGACGGACAUGCUUGCAUAAUUAUAGGAACAACCGUGCAAAUCCUGGGAGCAAUGGUGUAUUUGUUUGAUGGUUCACCUUUAGCAUGUGGAAUUCAUAUCGCACUACUUGGAAGUGUCUAUAGCAUUACCCUGACUGGCUUAUUGAUAAAACUCAACAAAACAGCUUGCCUUCACGCAAUCAUAAAAACAAAUAUUACUGAGCUACCAAAAUGGGAUUUCGCCUUCACGUAUUUACCUAUUGUAAUAUCGGCGCCAAUCAUCAUAUACGUCGUCUGGACUUUGGAGGACCAUGUGACUAUGACGUGGUCGGUGCCAUCUUUGUUUCAGAUUUCAAAGAUUGACGAUUUAUGUAUCCAAUGGUAUUGCGAAUUCAACAGGACGGAAUAUAUCAUUUUUAUGUGCUUCUUUUGGAUAAUUCUAUUCCCGUGUAUGACUUUAUCAGUCAUCUACAAAUGCAGAAAAAGAGGAAGAAAAGAGGUCAAGCAAGUUUUGUUUUCCGCAAUCUGCUAUUCUCUAUUCACUACUGUCACAACUGUGCUCCGUUUGCUGACUGAUGAUCACGUGAUGUUCAGAGUAUUUAUGGCAAUUACUCUGCCUUUAAAUGGAAUAAUUAUUUUGAUUAUAAAUUUUCUUCCACAAAUUGUUGAUCUCAUGAGGGAAAAGAACAGGGAACUUCUUUUUACCAGACUUAUGUCUGAUCACAAAACAAGCCAGGUUGCAAGCCUUUGGAAAGACUUCAUUCAUAGUGAAAACAAUAGAACAAAAAGAAAAGGUUAG